ACACACACACGCACACUCAGGCCUGAGCUCGGACUAUCAUUAAGCCAACACAGAGAAAACACAUCAUGAUUUUUUGGAUGAUUGCAAGUCUCUUGCUGGAGGGUGUUGCAGUUGCAGGUGUAGCCCUGGACCCGUGCUCUGCAUACAUCAGCCUGAAUGAACCCUGGAGGAACACUGACUACCACGUCAACCAGUCGUCCGGCGUGCCCCGAUGUGACAGCCACGUGUCUGGAGAAUGGUACCGCUUCACGGGCAUGGCCGGGGAUGCCAUGCCCACCUUCUGCGUCUCUGAGAACCACUGUGGCACGCACGCUCCCAUCUGGCUCAACGGCAGCCACCCUCAACUCCAGGAAGGCAUCGUCACCCUGCCUGUCUGUGCGAGCUUCAAUGACAACUGCUGCCAGUGGAACGCCAGUAUCGAUGUGAAGGCCUGUACUGGAGGGUACUUUGUCUAUCGCCUCCCCAGACCCUCAGUCUGCUUCCAUGUUUACUGUGGCCAUUUCUAUGAUAUCUGUGAUGAGGUGGACUGCGCAGGUCCCAGAUGUCCCGAGUCUGAAUGUCGCUGUGCACCUGGAACUGUCCUGGGACCAGACAGACAGACAUGCCUCGAUGUGAACGAAUGUGGAAAGGCUAAUGGUGGCUGUGCAGAGGUGUGCGUGAACACCAAAGGCUCCAGGCGCUGUGAGUGUGGGCCGGGUCGUGUGCUGGACGACGAUGGACACAACUGCAGAGAGACAGCAGGCUGUCAUGUUAACGAUGGAGGCUGCAGUCAUGGCUGCUCCUCGCUGCUGGACUCCUAUCAGUGCCACUGUCCCCGAGGGCUGGAGUUGGGAGAGGAUAAACGCACAUGUCAGGUGCCCGUCCAGUGUGAUCCCAGCUCUAUUAUUGUCUCAGUUCCUAAGGACCUUGUAGGAGGACUGGAGCUCUCCCUGUCCAACUCGUCUUGUCAAGGUGUCUCCAAUGGCACACACAUCAACCUCAGCUUCAGCCUCAAGACCUGCGGCACAGUGGUGGAGGUGACAGAUGACAAGAUUGUGGGGACCAACCUGGUGACGGGCCUCCCUAGAGGGAGCCCAGGCAGCGGCAGGGACUUGAUAGUCCGCACCAGUAAGUUAGUGCUCCCAGUCACCUGUGAGUUCCCCAGGGAAUACCAAGUGUCGGACGGAUACCAGGCAAGUCAGCGCAGCUCGGCCCUUGAGCUGGCAGGCCACAGCGAGGGAGUCUUCCCCUUCUCCCUGGAGCUCUUCAAGAGCGCAGAGUUCUCUGAGCCGUACAGUACCCCGCCCCAGCUCCGCCUGCACGACUCCCUGUUCUUCGGGGUGGAGCCAAAGGAGAGGGUGGAGGGCCUCUCUGCACUAGUGGAGAGCUGCUUCGCCACACCAGGGCCCAAAGCUGACCAGGCCCUCAAGUAUUAUCUCAUCAAAGACGGGUGUAUCUCUGAUGAAACAGUGACACAGUACUCAUCAAAGGACCAGCUCUCUAAGCACUACCAGGUCCCUGUCUUCAAGUUCAUUGGCAAGGACAACCGACAAGUGUUCCUCCACUGCCAGGUGUUAGUGUGCAGGACAGGAGACUCCCACUGCGCUAAGCGUUGUCGAGGACGUGUCCGCCGAGAGGUUCGGACCGGUAAACCUCAGGAGAAACACACACUGAGUGGAGGCCCUAUCUUCAUCUUGCCAGAGCCAGGACGCUAACUAACUCAAACAUGUGUAAAAAAAAAAAAAGCAUCAUGAGAGCAUAGCAACAGCAGCAGCUAAAUCACAAUUGCAGUGUAUCAUUUAGAAUAAAGAAGAUGAACUGACCAUUUCAGUUUAUUUGAUAUUUAAAAGUCCUUCAUAUACACAUAUACAUGCAGAUGUACAGUAUAUACACUCUUCUUUACUCCUCUGUAAGUUCAAGUUUCAGUCACAGUGCUGUAGAUCGCUUGAAUUCUGCUUAAUACAUCAUAAAGUGUGUGUGUCUUUGCGAAUCUGCCUGGCAGCCCAAUUUGCUGACAUUAAAGUAAAUUGCAUUUCUAUUAGAAAUCAUUGGGAGUAGCAGUUCAUUUGUAACAACUACAGCGUGAAUUAUGUUUUUCUAAGUCACUCUCUAAGGCAUUUUUCAGGCUUGAUUACAGCUUAAACACUUUGUGGAUUUAUAGAAGUGGUUUAUAUUUCAAACCAUCACUGACUUGAGAAAUACAUGUGGAACACCCAGAGACGUGUUUUUCACUCAUUUACUCGGUCUAAUCGAUGGCUGGGGGAUCACGUCUAACGUCCCAGUAUGGUGGAAAUGAAAUAGCAGUGGGCCGUGCCAGAAAAUUAUGCAAACGCUUCAUCACGGACAAUUAUCCAGAAUUAAUCAUGUCAGUUAAACUGCAAUUAGUCACUUAUUCAUUCAUACAAAAAUGAUCAAAUUGGUGGCAAAUGACAACAUUAACGUCGUAGCUGUAAUAGGCUACACAUUUACAUGACACUGACUUUAUGCAUACUAUUUUGAUAAAUAGCAGCACACAACAAACCAUGUCUACCUUAGUAAUUAAAUUGUGUCAUUCUAUCUCGAGGAAAUUAAUCCAACUACACUAUCCUUCACAUCAGGCACUGUAUUUGGAGUCAUCAAAGUCAUUAUGGUAAUGGAGUCAUAGAGGCCUAAAAUGGCUUAAAAUGAAAUGGAGUAUGAAGAGUAUAACAUGCAUAAGCAGUUAAUUAAUAUUGUGAAAGUCAUAUUCAGUACUGACUCUGAAUAAAACCUGAGAAACUGUGCAUUUGCAUUCCCAUUUCUAUCUUUAUCUUAUAUUUAUUUAUGAAUCUUGAGUGGUUUCUUGUUAAGUAUUUACCUCUUUGAAAAAGCCUAUAAAUAUACAGUAUAAUCUGUUGAAAUGCCCGUGACUCUGUUAUUUGUCUGCGAGAGCAUCCAGGGAAUUUAUAG